AUGGAAAAAGAAAAGUUAAGGAAUCAACUUGAGUACUGCUGGAAAAAGCAACCUUUGAAUAAAGACCAAUUUAAAGGACAAAAUAGUUUGUUAAAAGAUCAAAGUGAAUAUAAUUACAUCAUAAAUUUUGUAUCUGAAAUUUAUCAGGGAGAAACAACACUGAAGUCAUCAGCUAUACUCAAAAAUGAAUCGCUUCAUGAUGAUUUACACCGCAAUCAUGGUAAUAAAAUUGACUUGAUUUUUAGUAUUGCUGAACUCCAGUUAGAGCUUUCUGUACUUGAAGUGUCUGGUUCUCCAACAAACAGUGAUCAUAGUCAUUAUAUUGGUGACAGAAAUAAAUUGGCAAAAAUGUUGAAGAUAAUUCUAAAUUAUAUAAUCAAAAAACAUCCUGGCCAUUUUGAAAUUAUUAGAAAAGUAAGAUUAUAUGGAAUUCAAAUUUACAAUAAAGAUUUCCAGAUUUGUGGAUUUGAUUGA